UCUUAUCUAGCCACCACUAUUGCUGCUGUUGCUGUAUAACUUUGAGCUUGUUGAGGGCUGUCACAUGACGGAAUGUGCUAAGUAGAUAGAUAUGUGUGUAUGUGUGCAGCAGAAGAGAUCGCGAGUAUGAUGUGGCGUUUCGUUUUCCAUACCAACUGAGCUGCAUUCGUCAGUAAAGGCGACUUUUUGAGAAACGGAGAUAGCAUUCUAAUUUCCGUUCCUUUUCGUUUUAUGAUCCUCACUGACAACAAUACGCAGCGUUCCUGUAUCCAGACUCAUUUUAAAAGGGACUUGAGAGUGAAAGGGAAUUUGGCAAGAUGGCAGCAAUGACAGGAGGGAUAGGACUAUGCAGGAAUUAAUCUCUACCAUCACCAUAGCGCGCAGUGACUGAACGCUUUUAUCCGUGGCGUACAGCUUCAGUGUGAUGACGUUUUACCAGGUUCUCCGUGGCAAUUGACGAGGAGGUUCAAAUUGGUGUAUUCACUUGCCUUGCAUCAAUGCGGGAUUUGAUCUUGAACGCGCAAGGUAGGAAUGUGCAAUCCGCUCAUUGAUGAACGAACUCGGGCUACACAGUAGAUUACUCGUGAACGAACUGUAGGCAUUGUACUGUUCUUAUCAACAUUGCUCCAGGCGAGGAGAAAUACGACGAAUAUGCAGGCGAGGAGAAAUACGACGAAUAUGCAGCAACCCGUUUUGAACUGUUGCGAUUGUCAAAUGUAAAGUCGCUGUGGCUUGCAUAUGGAGCCAGGGAGAAUAGUCAUCGUUUAAUAGUUAUGGUGCUAAGACAUUUAUAAUGGUCCACGAGUAAUACGAUUAAAAUAUAUCCUGAUCAGCAUAGCGGUGCUUUUUUUUUUGCUACUAGAGGAUUUUCUCAAUUCACGCGGAGUUGAUAGUGACCCUUGGGGACUGCUGGUCUGGAAUAGCAACAAAGGCUGGGGCGCGCAUUCAUGGAAUGCGAAUUUGACAACUCUCCACUACUUAUCUACUGACCUUAUCAGCGGGCAGCAGGGACGUGCAAGUGACUGAAGGAGAGAUGGCCGAGGUUCCAGCCCCCAGCAUUCACACUGAGUUGGACGUGGCCAUAGACCCAGACUUCGAGCCACAAAAACGGCCACGAUCGUGCACAUGGCCGUUGCCCCGACCCGAGUACAAUUCUGGCAAACCAGAGAGCAACGACACUGACAUUAUACCUGAGGAAGAAGACGAUGAAGAGGAACAACAUGCCACUUCCAUGGCCAUCAACAUCAAUGGCACCAGCUCCAGCCUGGGAGCAGACGACCAGAACAGCAACAGCCCUACGGCCGAAGGACUGCUGUCCAGACAGGAAAAUGGAGGCUCCCCGCUCCCCUCCCAGUCCCCCACAGCCACUUCUGGCACAGUCAGCACCAGCAGCCCGGGGGCGCAGACUGCACGGAAGUCCUCGUCGCGCAGAAACGCGUGGGGGAAUCUCUCAUAUGCUGACCUGAUAACGAAAGCCAUAAGCAGCACGCCAGACAAGAGAUUGACUCUGUCUCAGAUUUAUGAGUGGAUGGUGAGAUGUGUGCCGUACUUCAAAGACAAAGGUGACAGUAACAGCUCAGCUGGGUGGAAGAACUCCAUCCGGCACAACCUCUCCCUCCACAGUCGUUUCAUCCGUGUCCAGAACGAGGGAACGGGAAAGAGUUCCUGGUGGAUGAUAAACCCGGAGGGAGGAAAAGGUGGGAAGGCCCCCCGGCGCCGUGCUGUCUCCAUGGACAACAGCAACAAGUACACCAAGUCUGCCCGCGGCCGUGCAGCAAAGAAGAAGGCGGCCCUCCAGGCAGUGGCGGCAGGCGAGGGGGGCGGAGACAGCCCCUCAGGGCUUUCCAAGUGGCCGGGCAGCCCCACAUCACGGAGCAGUGAGGACCUGGAUGCCUGGACAGACUUCCGCUCACGCACCAACUCCAACGCCAGCACGCUGAGCGGGCGCCUCUCGCCCAUCCUAGCCAACCCAGAGCUGGACGAGGUGCCGGACGAUGAACCACCACUGUCGCCCAUGCUAUACUCCAGCCCUGGCAGGGCGCUGUCGCCCGGGAACGCCCCCACACCCAAUGGGAAGGCAGUACCCGCAGAGCUGCCUCGCUUGGCAGACCUGGCAGGAACCAUGAACCUGAACGACGGGCUGGCGGAUGACCUGAUGGAUGAGCUGCUGGAUAACAUUACUCUGGCCCCCAACCCAACCGGACCGACCACCCAGAGAGGAUCCACCGGGUUCAGCUUUGGCUCCAAGUCUGCCGGGCUGGGCUCCACCUCCUCAGCCGCCUCUCCCUCCGCUGCAUCCCCCUCUAAUGGUGCAAGCAGCGGCGGCUACAAUAAUUCCAUCUUUGGGCCCCUCGCAGCGGGUUCCUCCCUGCGGCCCGCCCCCAUGCAGACCAUCCAGGAGAAUAAGCAGACAUCCUUCUCCUGCAUCUCCCGCUUCAGCAGCCAGACCUUGCAGGACCUGCUCAACUCAGAGGGCCACAGCCACAGCGACGUCAUGAUGACCCAGUCCGAUCCGCUGAUGUCACAGGCCAGCGCCGCCGCCGUCAUCUCCCAGAACUCCCGGCGAGGCCUCAUGCUCUGCAGCGACCCCAUGAUGUCCUUUGGGACCACGGUUGCUGGACAGGGAGGGCAGGGAGGUCUCUUGCACCCUCACAACCACAACCAGGGCUCCCUCAGGACCCUGAACGGGGAUCUGAGCCUGAACAACGAGGCCAACGCCAAGCAGCAGCUCCUGCACUCUCCACUGAGACUUGGAUCCAACGGAUCCUCUAUGAUGCAGGUUGAUUCGUCUCUCUUCCUGAACGGGAGCGCUGGUGGCAGUGGUGGGAUCUGCUCGCUAGGCCCCGACCGCUUUCCCACUGACCUGGACUUGGACAUGUUUAACGGGAGUCUGGAGUGUGACAUGGAGUCCAUCAUCAGAAAUGAGCUGAUGGACGCAGAUGGCCUGGACUUUAACUUUGAGUCUCUGGCCAACCUGAACGGAGCCAACCUUGGCAGCUUCACCAGUACCAAGCAGGGACCUCAGAACUGGGUCCCUGGCUGAGAGGGGGGCUCGCUCUGGAGGUGGCGGAGCAGGUCCCAACUGUAAAGCAUGAGAAGAUCAGACACAAAAUGUCCUUUUUGCCAAACCUGCCAUCAGCACAACGUGGAAUAAAAACCCUCUGUUUACACAAGACCUCCUCUAGAGAAACCUACUUUUGCUCCCACUCUGACCAACCAUGAAUGAUUUCAAAGACACAGACUCACAAGACGCUACUGUCAGUUACUCAAAGCCUUCUGCAAAACAAACUAAUAAAAAAUAAACUAUGUGAAAUCUUCACAACAAGCUCAUCUCAGAAUUAUGCAAUCUUCCUUUGAGAAAAUACCAGUCGGGACAAAAUUAAUUGGACAGAUUUCAGAGAGAGAGAGAGACUGUUUUGUGUAUUUGAAGGGAUUUUGGGAUGGGAAAACAGGAAAUGUGGCAAGCAAGGUUGUAAUGUACAGUGAAGUAAUUCCUGUUUGAAAGAUGAAAAAAGUUAAACAAAAGUAAUGUUGUGUGAAAUCUAAUACAGUGGUUUCUUGGGUGAGUUACCUUGAACAUCUUCCCUCUGUUUUCACUCAGUGAUUUUAAAUAUUUAAUUUUUGUUUUAAAUUCCUGUUUUAACAUCAUCACUGUAUCUGCACCACACCUGUUUGUAUAAAAAAGUAUUGAUUCAAUUGAAGGAAGGAGACAAUAUCUGCAUUUAAAAUAGCGACAACACACACACGGUACACACACACACACCUCCCAAAAUGACAAGACUCCAUAGCCCCUUAGGAGCGAUGAUGACAUAAACAUAAUGCCAUGCACUUCAGGUUUUGUUGUUUUACAUGAGUUUGAUUGAUUAGUUCCAGUUUUAAAAUGACUUAUAAUAAAAAAUAAUAAUGAUGUACAAUUAUCCUUAGCCAAAUACUAUACAGAUAGAUUGGUAAUUGUUUGUGUGUCUCUACAGUUGAAGUCGGAAGUUUAAAUACGCCUAGGCAAAUACAUUUAAACUCAGUUUUUCACAAUUCCUGACAUUUAAUCAGUUAGGAUCACCACUUUAUUUUAAGAAUGUGAAAUGUCAGAAUAAUAGUAGAGAGAAUGAUUUAUUUCAGCUUUUAUUUCUUUCAUCACAUUCCCAGAAAUUUACAUACACUCAAUUAGCCUUUAAAUUGUUUAACUUGGGUCAAAUGUUUCAGGCAGCCUUCCACAAGCUUCUCACAAUAAGUUGGGUGAAUUUUGGCCCAUUCCUCCUGACAGAUCUGGUGUAACUGAGUCAGGUUUGUUGCUUCAAUAUAUCCACAUAAUUUUACUUCCUCAUACCAUCCAUUUUGUGAAGUGCCCCAGUCCCUCCUGCAGCAAAGCACCCCCACAACAUGAUGCUGCCACCCCCGUCGUUCACGGUUGGGAUGUUGUUCUUCGGCUUGCAAGCCUCCCCCCUUUUCCUCCAAACAUAACAAUGGUCAUUAUGGCUAAACAGUUCUAUGUUUGUUUCAUCAGAACUGAGGACAUCUCUCCAAAAAGUAUGAUCUUUGUCCCCAUGUGCAGUUGCAAACCGUAGUCUGGCUUUUUUAUGGCGGUUUUGGAGCAGUGGCUUCUUCCUUUCUGAGCGGGCUUUCAGGUUAAGUCGAUAUAGGACUUGGUUUACUGUGGAUAUAGAUACUUUUGUACCUGUUUCCUCCAGCAUCUUCACAAGGUUUGCUGUUGUUCUGAAAUUGAUUUGCAUUUUCCGCACCAAAGUACGUUCAUCUAGGAGACGUAAUCUCCUUCCUGAGCGGUAUGACGGCUGCGUGGUCCCAUGGUGUUUAUACUUGCGUACUAUUGUUUGUACAGAUGAGCGUGGUACCUUUAGGCAUUUGGGAAUUACUCCCAAGGAUGAACCAGAGAUGUGGAGGUCUACAACAACAAAAAAUUCUGAGGUCUUGGCUGAUUUCUUUUGAUUUUCCCAUAAUGUCAAGCAAAGAGGCACUGAGUUUGAAGGUAGGCCUUCCAAUACAUCCACAGGUACACCUCCAAUUGAUGUAAAUUAUGUUAAUUAGCCUAUCAGAAGCGUCUAAAGCCAUGACAUAAUUUUCUGGAAUUUUCCAAGCUGUCAACUUAGUGUAUGUAAACUUCUGACCUACUGGAAAUGUGAUACAGUGAAUUAUAAGUGGAAUAAUUUGUCUGUAAACAAUUGUUAGAAAAAUGACUUGUGUCAUGCACAAAGUGGAUGUCCUGACCGACUUGCCAAAGCUAUAGUUUGUUAACAAGAAAUUUGUGGAGUAGCUGAAAAACAAGUUUUGUAAACUUCAGACUUUGUAACUGUAAAAAAAGGAAAAUUAAAUAAAUAAUCUCUCAUGGAUCUAUGUAAAGUACACUGCAGUGGAAGCUUCAAGUUAAAGGAAGAGCCGAGGAGGAGGGGGGAGUUUAGCCGUUAUUUCUUAGCUAAUUGGAAGGUUGCAUCCAGGACGUGUAGUACAGCAUAUGUAGCCAAAAUGAAUACCUAUGUUCUUGCGUUGUGUACAUUUACACACCAUAACAGGUGCUAUGAUGUAAACAGUGUUUGAGUCCAGGCUCUAGCGAUCUGUGCGUUUUACCUACGCGGCCUGCUGAGCCGUAGCCAUAGAAGUAGCAACAGCAGGGUGGCGCUGAGAGGCCAGGAGGUUGUACAGUCAGGCUCCACCCCCUCUGGCAGCCAUUUUGUUUUUCUUGAGCAAAACCAUAAGCUAUCUGUGUAUAUUGCCAAAUUACUUGAAACAUGUACAUGUAGGUGAUGCUGGCAGCCAAAUUCACAACACACACAUAUAGCGAAAAAUAAAAAAAUAAGAGCAGGGAUAUGUGUUUUAGCUUUGCUUGUUGUUUCGCUGUGGGCUUGAGGGGCAUGUUAGUAUCUGCAUAUACCAUCACUCAGGGGGAAGAGGGAGCUAGCCCAUACCUAACAUUACCCCAGGUCACAUCUCCAUGGUAGGACACGCAACACCAUGUCCUUUGUUGGCAAAAAAGUAAUGCUUGUGUCGUGAACCUGUAACCUGUGAACUAUGACCUUUCAAGAGGAAAAUCUUCACUUGGUCCUGUCGUUUAAUUUUUUGUCAUCGUAGUUUUUUCUUCUCAUGUGGAAUUCAUGAUGCGCGCACACCCACACCCCUCACAGACACACCUGGUGCUCCUACAGGUCUCUCCUGUAUCUGUGUUCAUGUGUGUGUGACUGGACUUUUAUCUCAAUUAUUGAUUUUUAUUUCACAAGGAUAUGUUAUCCUUCGUUAUCCUUCAUGGCGCAUACAGCACCCCCUCUGUAUGCAUGUACUGUAUUUAUGCAUAAUGAAUUGUGUGAAAUGCAUAUAUAUAUACUCAGUCUAUGUCCUUAUAUACUCAUGUAGUACUUGACCCUUGGUUUUUUGUGAUGCCUCGGAAAGGUAGAGUUGAAGAAAGAACUUUACAUUACUUGCUGGGUGGGAGGGAAGACACUACGCUAGUAUUAGCAAUGCUUUUGUUGAACCAGAUAGAGAACCAGGAAACCAUCAUUGUAACAGCAUCUGGGCCGCUGGUACCCCUUCUGCGUCUGGGGUAGUUACUCAGAGGGUUGCCCUGGCCUGGCUGUCCUGUAAAACAGUGUACAAACAAACGUGUGUAUGUAUAUCCGUCACCCGGAGGCUGAGGCAGAGGAGUGUUUGUGUAUGGCUGGGUAGGUGAUCUACUGUAGCAGUGCUACCCGAAAUUUAGUGCAUGACCCCUAACUGCUUCUUUACAGCCCCCACCCCUUCACUGAAGUUCUACACCAGUGGUGCACUCAGCUCUCUCAAUAUGGGGAGAAUCCCUAUGAGUCCCAGUAGAUCCCCUAAACAUGAAAUCUUCUAACCCCAUUGUUUUCUGGAAUCUGUGACUUCCAACAAACCUAGAACUUCUGACUCUUCACUGCACCUUAACCCUUUUAGAAAUGCCCCUGUAUUAUAGUGUACAGACAGACAGAGAAGGGGAGAAAGAACCCAGUCAGCCCGGAACAGAUGUUCCACAAAUGCAUUCUUUGCUACUGCGUUUAGCCCCAUAAUGAUGGCGCAUGCCAUCCACACACAGUAUUAUCAUCUGGCCGUGAUUGGGAGUCUCAUGGAAAGGUGCACAAUUAGCACCGCGUUUGGCCAUCAUUGUAAAUAAGAAUUUGUUCUUAACUGACUUGCCUAGUUAAAUUAAGGUUAAAUAUAAUAAUAAUAAUAAUAAUAAUUACCCCCAUGUCCAGAAUAAAAAGAUAGAAGUGCCACUAGUUACUCUUUUAGACUUGACACGAGCCCCCCGUUCUUCAAAGCUCUUCUUGAUCCUAGAACCUUUUGCACAUUGUUUGCCCCGCCCCUCACCUUCCAUGCUGUCACCUAUGAUCUCUGCUCUUUGACCCAUGUAGUACACUCUCUUAUUCCCGACGAUGUUGAUGUUAGUGGGUAUUUUUCCUGUGUAUUCCAUUUUGAAUUGUAAUCUAGUUUGUAUAACAAAUGGUGCGCAUGUAAAUAAACCUUGGUGAAGCUCCACACUCUA